GCCUCAGGUGGGGCCGCCUGGCCCGCCCAGCUUCCUCUGGCGGCGUCCGGCUGCUUCUCCUCUGCUCCUCGCAGAAGGCCAGGGCGGCGCCGCCGCAAGUUUGACAUUUUGGCAGCGGAGACGCGCGCGGGCACUUUCGGGCCGACGGCUGCGGCGGCGGCCGACCCUCCAGAGCCCCUUAGUCGCGCCCCGGCGCUCCCGCUGCCCGGAGUCCGGCGGCCACGAGGCCCAGCCGCGUCCUCCCGCGCUUGCUCGCCCGGCGGCCGCAGCCAUGUCCCGGGGGCCCGAGGAGGUGAACCGGCUCACGGAGAGCACCUACCGGAAUGUUAUGGAACAGUUCAAUCCUGGGCUGCGAAAUUUAAUAAACCUGGGGAAAAAUUAUGAGAAAGCUGUAAACGCUAUGAUCCUGGCAGGAAAAGCCUACUACGAUGGAGUGGCCAAGAUCGGUGAGAUUGCCACUGGGUCCCCCGUGUCGACCGAACUGGGACAUGUCCUCAUAGAGAUUUCAAGUACCCACAAGAAACUCAACGAGAGUCUUGAUGAAAAUUUUAAAAAAUUCCACAAAGAGAUUAUCCAUGAGCUGGAGAAGAAGAUAGAACUUGACGUGAAAUAUAUGAAUGCAACUCUAAAAAGAUACCAAACAGAACACAAGAAUAAAUUAGAGUCUUUGGAGAAAUCCCAAGCUGAGUUGAAGAAGAUCAGAAGGAAAAGCCAGGGAAGCCGAAACGCACUCAAAUAUGAACACAAAGAAGUUGAGUAUGUGGAGACCGUUACUUCUCGUCAGAGUGAAAUCCAGAAAUUCAUUGCAGAUGGUUGCAAAGAGGCUCUGCUUGAAGAGAAGAGGCGCUUCUGCUUUCUGGUUGAUAAGCACUGUGGCUUUGCAAACCACAUACAUUAUUAUCACUUACAGUCUGCAGAACUACUGAAUUCCAAGCUGCCUCGGUGGCAGGAGACCUGUGUUGAUGCCAUCAAAGUGCCAGAGAAAAUCAUGAAUAUGAUUGAAGAAAUAAAGACCCCAGCCUCUACCCCCGUGUCCGGAACUCCUCAGGCUUCACCCAUGAUCGAGAGAAGCAAUGUGGUUAGGAAAGAUUACGACACCCUUUCUAAAUGCUCACCAAAGAUGCCCCCUGCUCCUUCAGGCAGAGCAUAUACCAGUCCCUUGAUCGAUAUGUUUAAUAACCCAGCCAUGGCUGCCCCGAAUUCACAAAGGGUAAAUAAUUCAACAGGUACUUCUGAAGAUCCCAGUUUACAGCGAUCAGUUUCGGUUGCAACGGGACUGAACAUGAUGAAGAAGCAGAAAGUGAAGACCAUCUUCCCGCACACUGCGGGCUCCAACAAGACCUUACUCAGCUUUGCACAGGGAGAUGUCAUCACGCUGCUCAUCCCCGAGGAGAAGGAUGGCUGGCUCUAUGGAGAACACGACGUGUCCAAGGCGAGGGGUUGGUUCCCGUCGUCGUACACGAAGUUGCUGGAAGAAAAUGAGACGGAAGCAGUGACCGUGCCCACGCCAAGCCCCGCGCCAGUGAGAAGCAUCAGCACCGUGAACUUGUCUGAGAAUAGCAGUGUUGUCAUCCCCCCACCCGACUACUUGGAAUGCUUGUCCAUGGGGGCAGCUGCCGACAGGAGAGCAGAUUCGGCCAGAACGACAUCCACCUUUAAGGCUCCGGCGUCCAAGCCCGAGACCGCGGCUCCUAACGAUGCCAACGGGACUGCAAAGCCGCCUUUUCUCAGCGGAGAAAACCCCUUUGCCACUGUGAAACUCCGCCCGACUGUGACGAAUGAUCGCUCGGCACCCAUCAUUCGAUGAGAGGACAGCCAAGGACUCUCCCGGGCCUCUCCGGUUCUCCCUUGCGGAAUGAUGGGCGCGUCCUGUCUGCCACGUGCUGACAGUCGGGAAGCUUCAGUGGAGAGGCCUAAUUCUAAUGUCGCCUGCUUAAGCAAAUCAUGCUUCUGUUUCACGUAGUUGGGUUGACACGUUUCUGCCUUUAAGAUAAAUGAGUAAUAGUCUAAUGACUAGCUCAGUCAUUUAAAAUAUUUUCUUCCUAUUCUGUUCAAGAAACAGUAAACUUGGUUUCAAUCUUUA